UUUCUCUUUUCUGUGCAGUUGCACAACUGCGUUGUUUUCAUCUUGGUGAUUCUGUCACAGACACAUGCAGUGAUGGUGGAGGAUCGAGCAGCUAGCGUAUCAGAGGCCAUCACCACCGUGACGGGCGGAAGUAAACCUGUGCACCGCUUCCUCAGAGGACAACCCAAGAGUAUCGGAGUUGUGCUGGUGAUGAUGGGUAUAGGUCUAUUCAUGUUUGCAAUUCCUAUGAAUGUGCAAUCAGAUGCACCCAUCUCAGCGGAUCAGCUCACCCCAUUCUGGCUUGGGGUCUUGUUCUCUAUCUGUGGCCUUCUAUAUAUACUGUCUGAGCGCAACCCCUCCAAAAAGAUGAUCACAGCCAGCCUUGCUCUGAGUAUCAUCUCAGUCAUUGGAGUGCUGUCUGCUUUGGUGGAAUUCUCCAGAGCAAUUGCUGGAAUCUAUCGCACACAUUGGGUUACUAUGUAUGAGAAUCACACAGAGGAGGAGGAAAUUUAUGCUGAACAACAUUAUAUGCCCAUGAAAAACAUGGAGCUAGUGUUCUUCUGUCACAGCUUGAUAGGAGGCGUUCUGCUUGUAGUUAUGACGUUCUUCGCCAGGGCAGCGCUGCGAUCCAGCAGGACUCAGGCUGUUGUUGUAAUGCGGGAACUGCCGUCAGCAGAGUGAACGAACCAAAAUCAUCUGAACAUUGUGUAUGUGAAGAGGAGCUGACAGCACAUCUGUGGCAGCACAUUAUAAUAUUUCACUAAUAAUCAACUGUGUAAACUGAUCUUUAAAACGGCAUAUAUACAGUACAUGAUAUGCUAACAAAAGUGUUUUGUACUGAACCCUAAAAUAAAAACAGCAUUCAGAGCGUAGGGACAUUUAUUAUUUGUACACUUAUCUUUGAGCUAGCUUUAUUAUUUUAUUAUUACUGUGCAUUAAUACUUUUGUCAAUGAUGGUUAUACUACUAUAAUACUUUAUGGCAAUCCUUUUUGUAAUAAAUAUUCUUUACAAUGCAGGCAUAAGCACAUCUCAAAUUUCUGCUAAAGAGUGCUUCAUCUGGAAAGCAUCUAUGUACAAACAUCUGAUAAACAUCUAAAAUCAUUAACACUUUCUAAACUUCUGACACAAAACGUUUUAGACACAUUGCAAACACUGUAAAUACUCUAUCUUCUAGAUGAAAACCCUCAUAUAAAAGAGACGUCUGUGAGAUGAAUGUGUGAUGUUUGAGUUUAUUUCUAAACCGAUUAUCAUACUGGUAGUCUUUAUUAUUUCAGAAAUCCCUGAA